CCAGGCGCUGCCACUGAUCUCAUCUCUCUCCAGAAUGGGACGCAAAUGUUUCCUUCUCGUAACUAUUUUGUUUCACCUCUUCUCUGAGCUCUCCUCCUGCCCGAGCCGAUGUCUCUGCUUCAGAACCACUGUCCGCUGUAUGCACUUGAUGUUGGAUCACAUCCCCAAAGUAGCACCGCAGAUUGUUAUCCUGGACCUGCGAUUUAACAGGAUUAGAGAGAUUCCUGCAGGAGCCUUUAAGAAGCAGAAGAACCUGAACACAUUGUUAUUGAACAACAACCAAAUCAAAAGAAUACCAAGGAGAGCAUUUGAAGGCCUGGACAACCUGAAAUACCUCUACCUGUACAAGAAUAACAUUCGUACAAUUGACAGGCAAGCAUUUAAAGGGCUUGUGUCUCUGGAGCAACUGUAUAUUCAUUUCAACCACAUAGAGAUUCUAGAGCCAGAAACUUUUAAAGAUCUUCCCAAACUAGAGAGAUUAUUUUUGCAUAAUAAUAAAGUAUCAAGAAUUCCUGCUGGAACUUUCUCUCAUCUGUCUUCGUUGAAAAGACUCCGUUUGGACUCCAAUGGUCUGGUUUGCGAUUGUCAGCUCAUGUGGCUGGGCGAAUUACUCAAGAGCUAUGCGAAAAGCGGCCACACACAGGCCGCUGCAGCUUGCGAGCAUCCCGGAGCAUUGCAAGGCAGAUCAGUUGUCUCAGUAACAGCAGAGGAAUUUAACUGUGAAAGACCCCGCAUUACUUCAGAGCCUCAGGAUGUAGAUGUUGUCUUAGGAAAUACUGCCUACUUCACUUGUAGAGCUGAGGGGAACCCCAAACCUAAAAUUGUCUGGCUCCACAAUAACAAUGAAUUACACAUGAAGAAUGACAUUCGGCUGAACUUACUAGAUGAUGGUACUUUAAUGAUCCAGAACACACAGGAAUCUGACCAAGGGACAUACCAGUGCAUGGCCAAAAAUGCAGUGGGAGAAGCUACAACCCAAGGUGUUUUACUCCGAUACUUUGGCACUCCAACCAAACCAAGUUUUGUGAUUCAGCCACAAAAUACCGAGGUUCUCAUUGGAUCAAGUAUCACUCUGGAGUGCAGUGCCACUGGCCAUCCUCAACCCCGAGUUACGUGGACUAAGGGGAAUGGAGAGCUGCUGCCCACACACUCCAGGUACAACAUCACUUCCUCGGGCGGUUUGUUUAUUCAGAACGUCACUCUCCAGGACCAUGGCCAGUUCAUCUGUCAUGCCAGUAAUAACCAAGAUUCCAUCCAAUCCUCAGCAUUCAUCAUUGUACAGGCUCCCCCUAAGUUCAUAGUCACUCCCAAGGAUCAAGUUAUAAUUGAAGGACAUACUGUUGACUUUGACUGUGCGGCUGAGGGUAAUCCAACACCAGUCAUUGCUUGGACCAAAGCAGGAGGCCAGCUUCCCAGUGACAGAAGACAUGCAGUGUUACCCACAGGAACAUUGAGGAUUGUGGAUGUAGCCCCCCAUGAUGAGGGUCAAUAUGAAUGUCAAGCUAUCAACGUUGUUCAGGUUAAACAAGUACAAGUACAACUAAAAGUGCAGCCUAAAGUGAUACCAGUGUUUACUGAUGUACCACGGGAUAUCACCGCAGAAGUUGGUCAGGAUGUAAAGAUACCUUGCAGUGCUCAGGGCGAACCACAUCCCACCAUCACCUGGACUAAGGAUGGAGUUCAAAUUACAGAAAGUGGAAAGUUCCGUGUUAAUGCAGAGGGAACACUUACAAUCAGGGACGUUGGGCGAGCAGACGCUGGGAGAUACGAGUGUGCUGCUCGGAACACAAUUGGCCAAGCAACAACAAAUAUGCUGUUAAAGGUGACUGUUCCACAGAGAAGUCGGACUGGGGACAACUUUGUUGAGUCUUCUAUUCGUGAAGCUAUUAAUAGUGUUGACAGUGCAAUUAACUCAACACGCAGAGUUUUGUUUACCAAGCGUCCACUCAGCCCUAAUGAUUUACUGGCUUUGUUCCGUUAUCCGCGGGAUCCCUUCACUGUGGAGACAGCAAGAGCAGGAGAGAUCUUCGAACGGACCUUACAACUGAUACAGGACCAUGUCAAGCAAGGUUUAACUGUGGACUUCAAAGGCAUAGACUUCCGCUACAAUGAUCUUGUUUCGCCACAUUACCUGGACCUAAUAGCCAAUCUCUCUGGGUGUACAGCUCACAGGCGGUUGCCAAAUUGCUCAGAUAUAUGUUUUCACCAAAAGUAUCGAACCCACGAUGGCACGUGUAACAACCUCCAGCAUCCGAUGUGGGGAGCAUCACUUACAGCAUUUGAGAGAAUUCUAAAACCGGUUUAUGAAAAUGGUUUUAGCCUCCCAAGAGGUACUGAUUCCAGCCGUUUAUACAACAGCCAUCCCUUACCUCUCCCUCGCCUCAUUUCAACAACUAUGAUAGGGACAGAGACAAUAACUCCAGAUGACAAAUUCACACACAUGCUUAUGCAAUGGGGCCAGUUCUUGGACCAUGAUCUGGAUCUAACUGUACCAGCUCUCAGUAUGUCUCGGUUUUCUGAUGGACAGUCUUGCAGUUCCAUUUGCAAUAACGACCCUCCAUGCUUUCCAAUUAUGAUUCCAAACAAUGAUCCUCGGGUGAGGAGAGCUCGAUGCAUGUUUUUUGUUCGUUCCAGUCCAGUAUGUGGCAGUGGGAUGACUUCCUUGCUGAUGAAGUCUGUGUAUGCUAGAGAGCAGAUUAAUCAUUUAACAUCCUACAUAGAUGCAUCUAAUGUAUAUGGCACCACAGACCAUGAAUCCAUGGAACUUCGAGACCUUACAAACCAGCGUGGUCUGUUAAAAGAAGGUGAAAUCGUGCCAGGAUCUGGCAAACGGCUGUUACCAUUUGCCACAGAUCAAACCGUGGAAUGUUUGAGGGAUGAAAUUGAAAGCCCAAUUCCCUGCUUCCUUGCUGGGGACCAUCGGGCCAAUGAGCAUGUUGCCCUGACAGCCAUACAUACCUUGUGGUACCGUGAACAUAAUCGCAUUGCGGCCGAGCUACGGAGACUCAAUCCACACUGGGAUGGUGACAGCAUCUAUCACGAGGCGCGCAAAAUUGUUGGUGCACAGAUGCAGCACAUCACGUACAAACACUGGCUCCCCAAGAUCCUGGGGGAUGUGGGAAUGAAACUGAUGGGACCAUACUCAAACUACAAUCCAAAUGUAAAUGGGGGAAUUUUGAAUGCUUUUGCCACAGCAGCCUUUCGGUUUGGCCACACGUUGAUCAAUCCCAUUCUCCAACGACUCAACAGUUCUUUUCAGCCAAUUCCUGAAGGUCACCUUCCUCUGCAUAAGGCUUUCUUCUCUCCCUUCAGAAUUAUCCAAGAAGGGGGCAUUGAUCCACUUCUCCGGGGCCUCUUUGCCUUUGCAGGGAAAAUGCGAGUCCCCACACAGCUUCUUAAUUCAGAAUUGACAGAGAGGCUCUUUUCAAUGGCUCACGCAGUUGCAUUGGACCUGGCAGCGAUGAACAUCCAGAGAGGCCGUGACCAUGGCAUCCCCUCGUACCCAGACUACAGGAUUUUUUGUAACAUGAGUACUAUCAGGAACUUCAAGGACUUGCAAAAUGAGAUCAAGAAUCCAAGAGUUAUAGAGAAACUCAAAAGAUUGUAUGGUACUCCACAGAAUAUUGAUCUGUGGCCUGCACUAAUGGUUGAAGAUAUAAUUCCUGGUACAAGAGUUGGGCCCACCCUCAUGUGCUUAUUUGUAACGCAGUUUAAAAGACUGCGAGAUGGUGACAGGUUCUGGUAUGAGAAUCCAGGGGUGUUUACCGCAUCUCAAGUAACACAGCUGAAACAAAGUUCUCUAGCAAGGGUGCUAUGUGACAAUGGGGAUGAUAUUCAGCAAGUCCAGCCGGAUGUUUUCACAAGAGCAGAUUACCCUCAAGGAUACGUGAAUUGUGAUGAAAUCCCCAAAAUUGAUUUACGGGUGUGGCAAGACUGUUGUGAAGGUCUUUUAUCUAAUGUUCGUGAUUUUCAUAAGCGCAUAUCACUACUCAUCCAGCAGUUCAAUCGCAUCUACCACCGUGUUCGCAAUUACAAGAAGAAAGGUUUGCGGGAAUCAUUUUACCAUAUGCGUCAGCAACUCAUAAGGCUGUCUAGGCUGAUGACUUAUCUUGAGGAGACAGUUACAAAACCUGUUAUUCGAGAUUGUAGAACAAGAGGACAUAUUAAUGCACUUUCACAACAGUUCCGCAACAAACGUUCAGUGGAAUUCAGCUAUCCGGGAGAUAAGCAUUCAAAAGAUGCUUCACUUUUGUCAAACAAUCAACAAGGGAGGUACACUCAAGAUUUUGGGGAGUUUGUAAACUCAACAAUUUUUCCCAAUAAUCAUGAGCCCCCCCAAGGUUUCAACAGUUUUGUGGCUGAUGUGCAAAAGACAAUCAUCUCCCUACGUAACCAGAUCGACCAACUGGAGUCACGCCUGAAACAACAUGGAUGCACAGAUGAAUUGGGAAAUCAUAUGAAUGAAAACAAUCACUGGAAAAAAGAAGAUUGUACUUCCUGCUGGUGUAAGAACGGUCAAGUUACCUGCUAUGUGGAGAAGUGCCCUCCUCUGAAGUGCACCAAAACAAUCAAAAAGAAAGGGAGAUGCUGUCCUGUCUGUGCAAAAAGCAGAAAAUGAUCAUCUGUGCAGUUCGAGAAAGAAGUCUUCUGGGGAAAAUAAAACAACUCUUAGCAUUUUGCAUCACCUACUGACAUCUGAUAAAAUCACAGACGAGAAAACAAAAAAAAACUUUCUACUCACAUUCUGGUUACUGCUGUCUUUCUCUGCUCAUCCCUUUUAUAUUUUAAGCAAAAUCUCCCAUGCAAGGGCAUGUCAGUCUAAUCAAAGUACAAAGGUGGCCUUAGUCAGGAAUUAUGAACUAAUCUACCUGCAGUCUGAAUGUUAAACUGUUCACAUUAAAAAGUAUAAUGAUAUCUUUGAAGACCAUUACAAUUUAUCACUGUGUCAAGAUACCCGUUCAUAUUAAAACAUGUUACAUAGGUAACACAAUAGGGAUUGAAUUUUGUAUUAAGUUAUUAUUUGAAACAGUGAUAAACAUUAUGGUAAAGUUCACUGAGAAGUGAUUAUAUUGUCUUUGCAUACACUGUCCAGAGACUAACCAUUUGGUAUUUUCCAUCUGUGUGGUCAGAGUAAUGUUUAUGAGGAAGCUUUAAAAGCCAUGGUGGCAUUGGUGUAAAGAUCCAUUGCCUUCAUUCUACCAAAUGUACCUCACAAGCUGCACAAAACCAAAAAUGUACUGUGCAAAAAUAUGGUGCUGAUCAUUUUGUCUCAAAAAUGAAUUAUUGUCAGGUUAUAUUUUUAUUUCUAAUUUUAUCAAGGUUUUGUAUCAAUUCAACUAUAACUACCAAAUAUAGUGCUGACUUGAUGUAACAUUUGACAUGUCUGUUAUAAAGCCUAGUAUGAAAGUAAUUAAAUACUGAUCUUUCAAUUAUCAUUUUAAGCAAUGUACAGUGAAUUUUUAAAAAGUGAUUAAAACACAUUUCAUGAAUACCAUGAAUGUUUUAUGUAACAUCAUAUAAUUUGAUAAAUGGUGCUGCAAAUUAUGAAAUUUACAGCCAUACAGAUACAGUUCUUUCUUGAAAAAUAGUUGAUAGUAUUUUAAAAAAGAUUGCAAGUUUGUGAGCAAAUUUUUAUCAGAGACCUUGAUACUUUAACAAUGUCAGUACUUGUUAAAUGGUUUCACUGUUCAUAUUUAAACAACAGAUUUGACAAUUUUGGUCCAAUCAUCAAGGUAGAAAUAUAAAGAUAUAUGUAUCUUUAUAUAUUCAUGCCUCUAUUUUGAAUAAUAAUUUUAUUUAUAUUAUUGCACCUGACAAAAGAAAAACCUAAAUCUAGAUCUGAUAAAAUCUUAUCAGGUUUUGACACAACCAUUUUGAUUGCCCAUUUUUGCCAAUGCAGUUUAUUUUUAAUUAAUGUCAGAAUUAUUCAGGAAUAUACUGAUUACAGAAACUUAGAGUUCAAUUUACAAAUUGAUUAAGGAAUACAUACUAGGCAGGUGAACUCCUCUGCUAUUCAUAAUGGUGCCAUCUUCUUCUUAUUAUCGUCACUUAUUUUUGUACUUAAAUCUUUGGAGUAGGAUUUGAAACCACAAUCUUCCAACUCAGAGAUGAGAGUGCUAUCUGUAAGUCACAGCUGAUAUCUCUUAACUUUCGUUUUAGACCUUUUUGUUUAUUGAAAAAUAGCCCUGGCUUCUCAAGUUUUGAGUUAAUGAAAGGAGAGACUGGAAAGGGAGAAACAAAUAUAAGGAUAGGUUAAUGGAAUUGGAUCAAAUAGAUGGGUAAGUGGAAACUUAUGUGAACUAUAAGCAUUGACACUGAGCAGCUGGCUUUUUUUCUUUCCUGUACAUUCCGUGUAACAACAUUCAUCAAAAUGAUUCUUGUUUAUGUAACGUACAGGCCUCUGCAUACCAGCUAUGGCUUUAGUGUACAACAAAAUGUACCGUAGAUCCUAAACAACUGUUUUUUUAUUAAGUUACAAUGAUGCCAUGACACCAAUGUUAUCUCUGAAAAAAUAUUCUUUGUCUGAGUACAUUUCAGUGAUUACAUUUUGUCUGUAGUGUCAGCAAAAUGCACACUAUUAAAGAAUUUUAAUGUGAAGUGGGUGAAGUGCUUUAUUGGCAAAGUAUGAGGAAAAUAUUGACUCAGCUAUAGUUUUUAGAUAAACAAGUGCAAC